AUGCGGCCGGAGUGUGGGGCUGUGGUCCCGGGAGCCCCGCCUCCGGGUGUCUCCUCCGGCUGCUCGUCCGUCCACGGCUCGUCUUUAAUGUCGCUCCGCCUCCAUGUGAGGACCGACUCGGGCUGCGAGCCGCCGCCGCCCAGGGCUCACCUCGCUCCGGCCUCUGACACAGAACUCUGCGGGGAUCCAGGGGAGGAGAACCGGCCGUUAGCUGCUAGCUUGGCCACACCCUCUACAGAUGAACCCGAUUAUACCAACGUCAAUUACUCAGAAACUCAGCGACCUGCAUCAAGCAGGCGAUCGGGGGUCACAUGGGAGCGAGUGGCCCUGCUGGUCCUCAGUGUUCUCCUGGCAGCUGCCCUCACAGCUCUUGGUGUAACCCUUUAUGAAAAUACUCAAACCAAGAAGAGUCUCCAAAAGCUUCAAGAUGAAUGUGAAGCAAAACAUCUCUCAGAUGAAACAUGUCCGAGGUGUGAGGACGGCUGGGAGCCACAUGGAGGAAAGUGCUACUUCUUCUCCUGGGUUACUUCAUCCUGGAAUAAGAGUAGAAAACAAUGCACAUCAAUGAGUGGAGACCUGGUUGUGAUAAACAACAGAGAGGAGCAGAGAUUCCUGCAGUCUACACUGAUGGAAAAAAUGGACGAACGUUCUGACAAGUUCUGGAUCGGACUGACAGACUCAAAGAAAGAGGAUGAAUGGCUUUGGGUGGACAACACACGACUGGAUCCAAAUUUGACGUUUUGGCGUGAGGGCGAGCCAGACAACUGGGCAUGGGAUAAUCCUGAUGGACAGGACUGUGUGAGGAUGGGGGAGAAAGACGGAGCCACGAACCUGAAGUCCUGGGACGAUAAAUACUGCAAAUGGCCUCAAAAAUAUAUUUGUGAGAAACCAGAAAAAGCAUGAGCCUGAAAUCCAGUUGGAUCAGAUUGAGCUCGAGUCUUCAGCCACUUUCACAAACUGAGACAUGAUGCUUUAUUAAUGAAGAUCUUCUCCAGACAUAAACAACUUUGAAUAAUAUCUAGAGUCUCAUAUGUUCUUCAGUUUCCUUGUUAUUUUAAAGUGACGUCUACU